UGGCCGGGCAUCGAAGAAGAAAUACAUUUCCCACAAAGCACUGCCCUCCAUUUCAUUACAUUAGAAGCUGCGAGCGUGCUGCUAUUGAACAGUGCACGGCAGCAAAACAACAGUAUGAUUACCGAGGUGCUCGUGGCCCUGGUUCUGGGAGCAGUGGUCUACGUUCUGCUGCUGAGGAGGCGGCAGGAGGUCCUGGAGACAGAGGAUGGCUGGUGGGGGGCGGGAGAGCCCCUCGACACCCCUGAAGAUGACAGCAUUCGGCCCUUCAAGGUGGAGACGUCCAGUGAGGAGAUGGAGGAUCUGUACAGGAGACUGGAUCAGACAAGGCCUGUCCCCUCCCUAGAAGACAGCCAGUUCAACUAUGGCUUCAACUCCAAAUAUCUGCAGAAAGUUGUGUCAUACUGGAGAAAUGAGUUUGACUGGAAAAAGCAGGUGGAGAAGCUGAACAGAUACCCACACUACAAAACUAAAAUCGAAGGGAUCGACGUUCACUACAUACACGUGCGUCCUCGGAACCUGCCGGAAGGGACCAGCGGGGUGCCUCUGCUCAUGGUGCACGGCUGGCCCGGAUCCUUCUACGAAUUCUACGGGAUCCUGCCCCUGCUGACGGAGCCCAAGAACCCGGACGACUUCGCGUUCGAGGUCAUCUGCCCCUCGAUCCCGGGCUACGGCUUCUCCGAGGCCCCCCACAAGAAAGGUUUCAACUCUGUGUGUGCCGCCCGAGUGUUCCACAAGCUGAUGAAGAGGCUGGGAUUCGCCCAGUUCUACGCCCACGGGGGGGACUGGGGCUGGCUCAUCACCACCAAUAUGGCCCAGCUCCAGCCCAAAACUGUCAAAGGCCUGCACGUCAACUUUGCCCCGGCCCAAGGCAAGCCUGGUGCUCGCGUGGCGUUGUCCUUAUUGCUGGGCCGUCGCUUCCCUAAGCUGUUCGGCUUCACGCAGCACGACGUGGAAGGCCUCUUCCCCAUCAGACAGAAGGUGCUGUUGGAGAUGCUACUGGAGUCGGGCUACAUGCACAUCCAGGCCACAAAGCCAGACACCGUAGGUCGUGGGCUGAAUGACUCUCCUGUUGGCCUUGCAACGUACAUCCUGGAGAAGUUCUCCACUUGGACCAAUAAAGAGUUUCGGAACCUGGAAAACGGAGGACUGGAAAGGAAUUUUUCCCUUGACGAUCUUUUGACCAACGUGAUGAUUUACUGGACGACUGGGUCCAUAAUCUCAUCGAUGCGUUUCUACAAGGAGAACAUCGGUGGGGGCUUUACCCAGAAGCAUGCACUGAUGGCAGUCUACGUGCCCACAGGAUUCGCCUCCUUCCCCAACGAGCUGAUCCACACCCCCAAACUGUGGGCGAAGCAGAAGUACCCCAAGCUGAAGACGCACACAGUCAUGCCCCGGGGCGGGCACUUCGCCGCCAUGGAGGAGCCCCAGCUGAUGGCCGAGGACAUCCAGAACUUCGUCAGUAAGCUGGAGAAGAGGAAAAAGAAGUGAUUCUGCCGUGGGCACACGUAGAUGCACCCAGCACAACGACAGUGUCUUCAGACAUGAUCAUUAAGCCUUUGAGUAGUAGGUUUGUUUGAAUGUUUUUCUUCUCUCUAUAAAAUUCUAAAUCAGUGUUCUAGAUCUCCAUUGCCUUCAAAUACCAGUCGUGAUUGUGACAUCAGUAUUCCGUUAAGAACAUUCUAAUCCCGUAUUUGUGACCUCACGCCUUAAAGGGCUAGAGCUUCUGAAUUUCUGAUAUCGGACCUUGUACAGUCCCAUAACAUUGUUCAUUGUUUUUUAUUUUAGAUUUGAAACCCAAAGCAAAACAAACAAAAAACACUACUAUAUUAAUAUAGGAUAUUCACUAUUUUCACUAUAAUGUCAGAGGGAUCAGUAAGUAAGAAGUAAAUUGACCAAUUUAAAACUAUUAGGCAGUGAAGAGAUUGAACUGCCAGUUUUUCAUCUUUUAGAGUAUUUAAAUAGAGCAAUGGAUUAUUUUUAUCCUUGUAUGGCAGUUUUACAAAAUAGGUGUGAAAAUGACAUCAGAAUUGGUGCAUGAUUCCAUGUAACAUUUUCAUUCUUGAGAAAUUUCUCAGAAUUGGAGAAAGAAUUUUAGAUGCUGGGUUCCCUGGACAUUUGCUCCAGCCUGGGACCUUGGAAGAUUCUGUGCCUAUUCAUAUUUUAUCCUUUAAUGUAGAUAAAAUACACAAACACACACACACACACACACAAAUACACACACUCUGUGCCUUAUAAUAUUCGUCUGAAAUCUCAAAAAUCUACAACAGUGUUAAACAAAAAACAUGAAUAAAUAUUUUAGCUACUU